AUGUCUUCCACUUUUGAGUCUUCUCAAUCUCUUCCCACUUAUUUUAUUGGGCAUGCCGGUGUGGGCCUUUUGUUUGAUGAUCGACCUCGAAAUGAAAUUGUUCAGGCCAACUUGAGGGAUAUCGGGGAAGAGAUCUUGUCUCUAUCACCGCGUCCCAAAGCUGUUGUAAUCUUUAGUGGACAUUUUGAGGCAGGAGAGAUUCAUGGACCCGGGGUAAUUGAAGUGAAUGUCAAAAAUGGGACACAUAUUCAACAUGACUUUGUCAACGAUUUUCACGAUUCUAAACCGUUCGUCUAUGAAUACGACUGGCCCCAUCAGGACGCACCUGAGCUAGCCGCACAGCUAUGGGAGCACCUACGGAAGGCAGGAUUCAAGGCCAAACGCGUGGAGCGAGGAAUGGAUCAUGGCGUCUGGGUGCCUUUCAAGGUCAUGUUUCCUGAUGAGAAACCGCUGGACAUACCCGUAAUCCAAAUUUCUACGUUCCAUGGCUAUGACCUUGAGAGUCAAAUUCGUCUGGGUCAGGCGUUGCAGUCGUUACGAUAUGACGGUUAUCUCAUUGUAGGUUCGGGCAUGGCUGUUCACUCGUUCACCUCGAUCGAUGAGAUUAUAAAUGCUCCGACAGAGGAGGAGAGGGAAGCCACCCGGGCCAAGGUCCUUAAAGAAUCCACAGUUUUUGACACCCGCCUGAGAGCAGCAGUGACAAAGAAAGAUGGCAAGGAGAGGAAUGAAGCUCUGUUGAAGCUGGAGGCUUUGUACGAGUUCAAACGCUCUCAUCCGACUGUCGAGCACUUUACGCCACUUCUGGUUGCUGCCGCUGCAGCUGGAGAUGCCGAAGUGGAAACACUAGGCGCGGACGUGGUCGACCCAGGGUUUUCUUAUCUCAAUCUACGCUUUGCCUAG